CCCAGUUCACAGUUUCACACUUCACAGUUGCAUAUUCUACCACGAAGUGUACAGUCGUGUAGUCUAACGUCUUCCAUUUAGUCAAUAAGUUCAAUAUCGUUGUUGGUAACCAUGUCUCUCCAAGAGCAAUUUGACAAAGCUGCUGAAGAUACCAAGAAGCUAAAGACACGUCCAAGUGAUGCAGACCUCCUAGAGAUCUACGCCUACUUCAAGCAGGCCACAGUUGGAGACGCAGACCCUGCUGGCAAACCGGGCAUUUUCGACCUGAAGGGCAAAGCUAAAUACGAAUCUUGGGCCAGCAAGAAGGGCGUGUCCAAGGAAGACGCCAUGAAUGCCUACAUCGCCAAGGCAAAGACCCUGGUCGAUAGCAUCGGCUUGCAAUAAAUAUAGUUCUAAUCUUAGGUUAAGGAUUGGUCUCCGCUACGCUUCAACUAGAUAACGUACUACCUGAGAACAAUAGCUUUUUUAUUACGGCAACUUUGUUGUAGAUGGAUUGGCUAUUUGUAAAGAUGCUUGUGUGCGUGCCAUCUUGACACUCAAUGACAUCUAUAAAAUUUUGUAACAUAUACGCUUCGUGUUAUUUUACAUUGAAAGUACAACGUCACACAUUGUUCGAGAUUGGCUCGAGUACGCCCACUUGGGCGUAGUAUUAGUUGCCGCACUUUGCGACUACGCCUGCGGUAUCUAGAUGGAGCGCAGCAGAGAUCAAUGCAUAAUCUAUGGUUCUAAUAUUUAUAGUUGAAAUGACAGCGUCUGCUAAAUUAUUAACAGCCGCUAUGAUUGAAUCCGCAAAUGCAUAACUGUCUCGACUAGUCAAAAACGUUUCGUUAAAAAAAGAUGAUUGUUAUUUCAACUGUAAGUAUAAUAUCGCCGCCUCUUUAUUACGAGUGUCUUUUUAUCUGUAAGCAUUAAAUUAUUGUUAUAUUAGCUGUUUAAUAUUUUACAAUAUACACUCUAAAAUCAAAUAGUAUAUUUACGAAAGUGCUUUUGAAAGACAUUAAAUUAUAUUGUUUGCUAUACGAGAUAUAUGGUUGAAUUUAUUUUUGUAUAAUCUGCCUUAUGUGGGGAAUAAACGAUAACUAUGGUGGA